GCGUCGAGUGUGCGUGCGUGCGUUGCGUGUUUGCGUGUGGUCACAGUUCCCGCCAUCAGCUGCUCUCCCUGACUCGGGGGAGCGAGCUGUCCCUCUUCGUGCUCGGUGUCCCUUCCUUCCUUACCCUCUCGUCCUCCCAUUCCGGGCGGACUCUGUGUUUCCGGCAGGCCUGUCCGGGGCUCCGGUCUCGCAGGCACAGCUGAGUUGAUGGCUUCCGGAGAACUGGCAUAGCUGCAGAAUAUGAGUAGUUCCCCAAGAAGAGUGCAUUGCCUUUGGCACAAGCAUCAGAAUAAAGGUGAAUUGUUAUUACAUAGGGUUUUUCAAUAAAAGUCGCUGGAAAAAUCUGUCAGGUGAAGGUGUAUUUUUGCUUUAUAAUUUGGCUAGACACAGUUUAUUUUUAAAGAAAGUAUGUCUCCUCUGAAGAUACAUGGUCCUAUCAGAAUUCGAAGUAUGCAGACUGGGAUUACAAAAUGGAAAGAAGGAUCCUUUGAAAUUGUGGAAAAAGAGAAUAAAGUCAGCCUAGUGGUUCACUAUAAUACUGGAGGAAUUCCAAGGACAUUUCAGUUAAGUCAUAACAUUAAAAAUGUGGUACUUCGACCCAGCGGAGCAAAACAAAGCCGCCUAAUGUUAACUCUACAAGAUAACAGCUUCUUGUCUAUUGACAAAGUUCCAAGUAAGGAUGCAGAGGAAAUGAGGUUGUUUCUAGAUGCAGUUCAUCAAAACAGACUUAAUGCAGCCAUGAAACCUUCUCAGGGGUCUGGUAGUUUUGGAGCUAUUCUGGGCAGCAGGACCUCACAGAAGGAAACUAACAGGCAGCUUUCUUAUUCAGACAAUCAGGCUUCUUCAAAAAGAGGAAGUUUGGAAACUAAAGAUGAUAUUCCAUUUCGAAAAGUUCUUGGUAAUCCAAGUAGAGGAUCAAUUAAGACGGCAGCCGGAAGCGGAAUAACUGUCACUCGGACGAUUCCCUCUUUGACAGCUACAUCAACACCUCUUAGAUCAGGAUUAUUAGAAAAUAGGACUGAAAAGAGGAAGAGAAUGCUGUCUUCUGGCUCAGAGUUGAAUGAAGAUUACCCUAAGGAAAAUGAUUCAUCAUCGAACAACAAGGCUAUGACAGAUCCCUCAAGAAAGUAUUUAACCAGCAGUAGAGAGAAGCAGCUGAGUUUAAAACAGUCAGAAGAGAAUAGGACAUCAGGGCUUUUACCUUUGCAGUCGUCAUCCUUUUAUGGUAGCAGAGCUGGAUCCAAAGACUACUCUCCUGGUAGCACUAAUCUAGACAGGACUAAUGUUUCAAGCCAAACUCCCUCUGCCAAAAGAAGUUUGGGAUUUCUUCCUCAGCCAGCUCCUCUUUCUGUUAAAAAACUGAGGUGUAACCAAGAUUACACUGGCUGGAACAAACCAAGAGUCCCACUUUCUUCUCACCAACAGCAACAACUACAGGGCUUCUCCAAUUUGGGAAAUACCUGCUAUAUGAAUGCUAUUUUACAAUCCCUAUUUUCACUUCAGUCAUUUGCAAAUGACUUGCUUAAGCAAGGUAUCCCAUGGAAAAAAAUUCCACACAAUGCACUUAUCAGACGCUUUGCACACUUGCUUGUUAAAAAAGAUAUCUGUAAUUCAGAGACCAAAAAAGAUUUACUCAAGAAGGUUAAAAAUGCCAUUUCAGCUACAGCAGAGCGAUUCUCUGGUUAUAUGCAGAAUGAUGCUCAUGAAUUUCUAAGUCAAUGCUUAGACCAGCUGAAAGAAGAUAUGGAAAAAUUAAAUAAAACUUGGAAGACUGAACCUCUUUCUGGAGAAGAAAAUUCACCAGAUAUUUCAGCCACUAGAGUAUACACUUGCCCCGUUAUUACUAAUUUGGAGUUUGAGGUUCAGCACUCCAUUAUCUGUAAAGCAUGUGGAGAGAUUAUUCCCAAAAGAGAACAAUUUAAUGACCUGUCCAUUGACCUUCCUCGAAGGAAAAAACCACUCCCUCCUCGUUCAAUUCAAGAUUCUCUUGAUCUUUUCUUUAGGGCAGAAGAACUUGAAUAUUCCUGUGAGAAGUGUGGGGGGAAAUGUGCUCUUGUCAGGCACAAAUUUAACAGGCUGCCCAGGAUCCUCAUUCUUCAUUUGAAGCGAUAUAGCUUCAAUGUAACUCUCUCACUUAACAACAAGAUUGGGCAGCAAGUCAUCAUUCCAAGAUACCUGACCCUGUCAUCUCACUGCACGGAAAAUACAAAAUCACCAUUCACCCUUGGGUGGAGUGCACAUAUGGCAAUUUCUAGACCAUUGAAAGCCUGUCAAAUGGUGAAUUCCUGCAUCACCAGCCCUUCUACACCUUCAAAGAAUUUCUCCUUCAAAUCCAAGAGCUCCUUGGCUUUGUGUCUUGAUUCAGACAGUGAAGAUGAGCUAAAACGCUCUGUGGCCCUUAGCCAGAGACUUUGCGAUAUGCCAGGCUGUGAACAGCAGCAGGAAGACCUGGAAAAAGAUUCAAAAUCAUGUAGACUAGAGCCUGAUAAGUCCGAAUUGGAAAACUCAGGAUUUGAUGGAAUGAGUGAAGAAGAGCUUCUAGCAGCUGUUUUAGAGAUAAGUAAGAGAGAAGCUUCACCGACUCUGAGUCAUGAAGAUGAUGAUAAACCAACCAGCAGCCCAGAUACUGGAUUUGCAGAGGAUGAUAUUCAAGAAAUGCCUGAAAAUUCAGAGCCUGUGGAAACAGAGAAACCCAAAACAAUCACAGAGCCAGAUCCUGCCACUUUUACUGAGAUAACUAAAGACUGUGAUGAGAAUAAGGAAAACAAAACCCCAGAAGGAUCUCAAGGAGAGGUUGAUUGGCUCCAGCAGUAUGACAUGGAGCGUGAAAGGGAAGAGCAAGAGCUUCAGCAAGCAUUGGCUCAGAGCCUUCAGGAGCAAGAGGCUUGGGAACAGAAAGAAGAUGAUGACCUCAAAAGAGCUACAGAAUUAAGUCUUCAAGAGUUUAACAACUCUGUCUUGGAUUCGUUGGGUUCUGAUGAGGACUCUGGAAAUGAGGAUGUUUUAGAUAUGGAAUAUACAGAAGCUGAAGCUGAGGAACUGAAAAGAAAUGCUGAGACAGGAAAUCUUCCUCAUUCCUAUCGGCUCAUCAGUGUUGUCAGUCACAUUGGUAGCACUUCUUCUUCAGGUCAUUACAUUAGUGAUGUGUAUGACAUUAAGAAGCAGGCGUGGUUUACCUAUAAUGACCUAGAGGUAUCUAAAAUCCAAGAGGCUUCUGUGCAGAGUGAUCGGGAUCGGAGUGGUUACAUCUUCUUUUAUAUGCACAAAGAGAUCUUUGAUGAGCUGCUGGAAACAGAAAAGAACUCUCAGGCACUCAGCCUGGAAGUGGGGAAGACCACUCGUCAGGCCUCGUGAGGAACAGACUCCUGGGUUGGCAGUGUGCACUGCGUAUUCUCUCUUACUGUCACCCUCCUCAUCUUUCCUCUGCCUGAAGAGAAUUUGAAAUUCUACUUGAUGCGGGAGCAACAAACAGCUCAGGGCCAAACCAAAAAACAAAAAUUGCAAUUAUGCGGAAUGCUCCAUGCUAAUUGUUUUAUGGGAACUUUGGUCUCACAUCUGUAGCUGAUUACCUUCUUUUUCUCCUACAAGAGUAGCACUUCUUUUUGUCUUAGGAGUACAUGUUGUAAAUAUAUAUAUAUAUAUGUGUACAUACACACACAUGUGGAAUGAAUGGAGCCUUAAAGAGUUAGAAUGAGCUACCAGAGUAUGCCUGCGCAAAAUUAAUAGCACAGCAGUUUGGAGAAGAGAUGAAGUGUCAAAGAGUCCAUUCAACUGAGAAAUGUGUGGAGAUAUACAUAUCAGUUGGCAGUUAGCGUUUAUGUUCCUCGAGUAGUUUCACUCAAGUCUGUAAUCUUUCAUGUGUGUUUCUUAUUAGUAAAGUUCACUGGAAAAUCAACUCUCCAUGUUACACUAAUGACAGUUUGCCCUCCUUGCAAAGGAAGGGCAUUUCUGCCACCUGACUUGGGGGGCUUUUUUAAAAAGUUAUUUUGUGGAUUUGUAAUGCUUUUGCUGUUUACAUGCAGUCCCAAGAAAUGGAUUGUUGGUGCUCAGAGUGUGUUAUAGUCCCACAUUUGGUAUUCAUUGUACAUUUUGUAUUUUCUUUAAAGAGAUUCCUCAUGUAGUAUAUUCAUUGUAUAUCAUCUAUAUUAUUUUGGUGGUGAAGAUAGAAUCUUUUUUCUUCUGUAUCAUUUUCCAUGGAGCAAACAUUACCCUAACAGAUUGCAACCAAAACUUUAAGAGAUAGGAAACUAAUAUUGUCCCAAUUGGGACUCCCCAGCAAGAGUACUUAGGGAUGAUGAAGAAUGCUAGCAUCUCUGUCUCUCAGACAGAGAGAAGUCAAGAGGAGUAUUCUUGUGUUAGAAGUACACUUGGCUAAAUCUUUGAACCACUAAAGCUAAAGCCCUACCGCAAGUGUGAAAUAAGUACAUGAGCUGUAGGAUGAAGCUUGAACAUUUAACCAAUCGCUUUUGGGCUUUGCCCUUAAAACAGGGUGGGAAUUAAAAUGUGAUCAGUUUAGGUAAUCCCAAGAAGUAACACAUAACAAAGGUGCAUAAUAUAUUUAUCUUACUUUUUAGGUGCUUUGAGUUGAGACUAAAUGGGAGUACAACAUUAAGUGCUACAUUAGUCAUUCAGCUGACGCAACCAGCUUGUAAAACCAUAUAAAAAAUGAGUUUGAGAGUAGAAUUCUGUCCAAAAAAUAAUUUCGUGAGCCCAGGAAUCAUUAGGAUCACACAGUUAAGUAUAACAAAAGGAAACUUUCCACAUUUUAUUUUUUCUCUUUUAUUAUAAACAAGAUUACUCUUUGGUUUUGAGGUAGGGACAAAACCAUAUCAGGUUUUCAAGGGGAGAAAACAUUUUAAAGUUCAUCACAGAAGAUGCAACAUCUUUUCUGGAAGAUUGCUUUAGAGAGCUCCAGCCCCACUCUCGAAACUUAGAUGUGUUCUGACAUAGUAACCUCUUCUAACAUUUUGAAUCUUUGAAUCAUAAACAGCCCCAGCACUUUUGCUUAACUACUGAUAGAAGCUUUGCCUCCUACCAUUUAUUUACAUAUUACUCUAGUGAGCGUUCCAAAAUGAUAUGGUGGCAGGAUAUGCAGGAGUAGUAUAGAGCAGAAGAAAAUUUUUAUGUUUUAUUUCCAGUGGGGAGCCUUUUUUUUUCCUUGAAAAUAACUUUUUUUCAAAUGAGUGAAGUGGUGAUCAAAUUCUUUAGCUAUUUAUUCUCUUCCCUGUGUCUGUAUUUGAGAGCUUCGAGAGGUACUGUUAAAAAUGGGAAUGAUUUGAAACAAGGGGUACAUUGGGGCAUAAAAAAAAAUAGAAAUAACGCUAUGAGCCUAGAUUGCCCACAAAGUACUCUCAUUUGACUUGCUUUUCAUAGCUUGCGUGUGUGUGUGGUUUAGAAGUACACUUGGCUCGGAAACCCAAUGUGAUGUGAUCGUCAUGUCUUGGGCAGGACUUAUUAGUCGAAUAUAGGUUACUGGAAUAGAUGAGUUAUCUCACUGCUCAUAUCCUUGCAGGUUUGGGACUUGUAUUUUUCUUGAUAUCUGUUCAUUGUUGUGGCCUGGUCAGCCUUCCUCUCUCCUUUCCCUCUUUUAACUAUUUCGCCUUUUACAAAGUUACUUUUCUCAUUUUGGUUCAGUGAAGGGUUAAUAACUACAGAUGGAGAUUUCAGCUGGACCAUGUUGAUGGGGUUUGUUGGAGUUUGUUUUUUUGGUUUUUUUUUUUUUUUUUUUUUGAGCUGACUAUAUAUAUUUUAAAAUUAUAAGUAGAUAAUAUUUUUUGUGCAGUAUAGUCAUUUCGCUCAGAAUCAGGGGGUGGAGCAUUUGGCAUGUUAGGGCCAGGAAGGGACAACUUAAACAGGGACGAAGUGCUUCAGUCCCAAGCAGCCUGCACAAUAACUGACUUCCUGUUGAAAAAUAUCACAUGCAGUUACAUUACUUUAAAUGACAUUGAAUUGGAACUUGACAGCGCUUAGUUCUGCAUGCAGCUGAUCUUAAUUAGAAUUUUUUAGAAGGGAAAACUAAAUUAAAAUUAAAACUUGUUUAUUCUUAUCAGCUAAUAUUUUUAUGUAGGAUUGGAAAGUUUCAUGAGCCAGAUGCUAUCUAUUAUCACUUCAGCAGCCAUGACUAUAAUUUGGGCCUGUGAGAAGAUAGACUGUUUUGUGGAGAAUAUAUUUGUGUAUGUGUGCACACGUAAGUUUUAUUUCAGCAAGAUAGAAAAGAAGCAAAUCUAUGACUUGUUCUUCUAUUUAUAGUUUGAUUCCAAAAGCCAUUUGUUUACUUGCCAUGGUCUGUUAAUUUCAGGCCUAACUUAAUGGCUCAAUAGCAGACGUAACAAAUGUAAAUAUAGUUUACAUUUUAAGAAGUAUGCCAUGAUACUUAAAGAUCAGUUAAUUAACUCUGGGAGGCAAACAUUAGAUUACACAUUUAUUUCUCUCUUUGAUCAAAUGUAAAAUUCUUCUAAAAGAGAAGCUUUAAGACUUAAAACUUCAGCAAGCAAAUUCAUGACUUACUUUUCCAUACUCCAGUUACCAUUAUGUAACUAUAUAAAUAUAGCUAUAGCUACAGAUAUAGUUGUGUAAUGAAAGUUAUUCGGACACACCUAAAUUAAAGAUUCUUGGCAGUGUCUCAUAUAUAGUUGAUCUUUGUGAGUGUAGAGAGUGGGGAUGCAGGGUGGAAACAGAGAGAAAAGACGGUAGUUUGGAAACUCAUUUGUGAUCUACUGAAAAGACAUUAUAUUAAAACAAAAACAUUACCCUCCUCACUCAUCUCUUUCCUCUGAAAUGACUGUAGUGGAUACUCUUAGCCAACUUUUUUUUUUUUUUUUUUGCCCUGUUUGAUUUAAUUGACCCUCUUAGGUAAUGUUUUGUUUUAAAUCAGGGAAACAGGUAGAUCUCCAAGUACAUGUGGAUAUUAUAUAUGUGGAGCUUUUUAAAAAUAAUCACCAACAACCCCAACCCGGUACCAGAUGCAAGAAGGGAAAAAGUGUCCCCAAAAAAACAGAUAUGUCCUUUUCCUUCUCAUCUUGCUUUACACUGAUGCUCUCUUUAGAUGUAUAAAAACUUAAGAUUUCUGCCCUCUAACAUCUUAUCUUAUUUUGUCUCUUAUUUUGUCUCUAUUAAUAUGUCUUAUUAACAUCUGAAAAAAAUUCAUAUAUAUAUUUUUAUUGGGAGACUGUAGUUUGGCCUUGAGAGUUUUGUGACAGAAUUCUUUUGCUGUGUCUCACCACAAUCAUUGACUCCUUAUGGCAUGCUUUGAUUACUAGACUUCAGGCGGUCUCUUCCGUUGUAUCAUAUUUAUAAACAAUGAGUAAAUUUUCCUUUCCAUGUAUGCUAUGUGUCUGAGGUUUUGAAGUUUUAAUUAAAAGUGUGCCAGUAUGAAUAUAAGCAAUUGAUUUUGAAAAGGUUGGACUUUUCUUAACAGAGGUUCAAAGUAUAGGCGUGUACACUGGUAUAAGAAUAGAGUGUAUAGCGGGUCUGGAUCAGGACCCAGGUUUGUUAGGUUGAAUGCCAAAACAAAGAAGAGCAAUUGACCGAACUGGUCUAUUUCAAGAACAGUGAGGGUGCAAAGAAUGAGACUGCAUGUGGUUGUACACACCUCAUCCCCAGGUUUCCCUCCGACUUCUCUGGCCUGUUAGUGUUGUUAAUUUAUGCUACGGAGAGGAAAACAGAAGUAAGCUUCCUACACGUUGUGUAAUUGAGCCACUACCAGGUUUGCUGGCAGCUUUGGCCGCAUUAUCUGUGAGGUGAUUUUCUUUGUGUUCAGUGACUUCUGAUUCUGAUUCUUUAUGUUGUUUUGUAUGGAGCGGCACUUUAUCUGUGUUUUAGCAGAACUGUUCCUCUGUAUCCUUCAUGAUUUUUCCUUGGUUUGGUUUCCUUUUUAAAUUAUGCAUAGAGUUUUUUGUGUGUGUGUGAAAUUAAAGCCUUUAUUAACCUUG